AUGAGACGGGAAGAGGAAGAAGAGGAAGAAACUAGGGUGAAGGCAAAAGAGGAUCUGGAGAUGAAAGAGGAAGAAGAGAUGAGUGAGACUGGAGAACAGGUGGGCUCACUGGCAAGUGUCAUGCCCACUGUGCCAGUGCCCCAUAACCGGGGGGCUCGGUUUUCUGAGGCAUGGGAAUAUUUCCACCUGGCCCCGGCACGAGUUGGGCAUCACCCUAACCAAUAUGCCACUUGUCGCCUGUGUGGCAGGCAGGUGAGUCGUGGCCCUGGGGUUAAUGUGGGCACCACAGCCCUGUGGAAACAUCUGAAAAGCAUGCACAAAGAGGAGCUGGAGAAGAGUGGCCAUGGUCAGGCAGGGCAGCGCCAGGACCCAAGGCCUCAAGGGUCCCAGCUCCCCAUGGGAAUUGAGGGUGACUGGGCCAGGCUCCUUGAGCAGGUAGGGGCCCUGGCUUUAUGGGCCAGCCAAAGGGAAAAGGCAGUACUUAUGAGGGAGAAGGCAGUGGAAUGGCGGGAGAGGGCUGUAGAAAGGAGAGAGCGAGCUGUGGAGGAAGUGGAAAGGGCCAUCCUGGAGAUGAAGUGGAAGAUGAGGGCUGAGAAGGAAACAGGCCAGAGGGAGAAAGAUCUGCCUGCAGCAGCUAAUCCUUUUCACUUUGUUUAA